GGCAAACGUCUUUCAAUUAGUGCAACUAGAAGCAGCAAAAGCAACAAUGGUAGUGGUCCUGACCGUGCCGAACUCCCCGCGGCUCGGCUUUCCCGUAUAUAUAUAUACACAUGAGGAUAGAGUCCGACGGUUUUUGAGAUGGGGAGUUGAUUGUCGUCGUUUCCGUUUGUCGUGGGGGCGGUGGGUAUUGGGAGACGCGCCAAGGAAUGAGGAUCGGGUUCCCAAUCAGCUAACUGAUCGCAGGGCCACACAACCGAAUCUCAUCACUCUCCUCUCGACACGUCGCCACCCGCCACCUCUCCUCUCGCCUUCUCCAUCAUCAUCAGGUUGCUAUAGAGUAACCAUGGAUCGGCUCGAAACUUCUGCCCGGCUAAUGAUAGUUUCUGACCUUGACCAUACAAUGGUUGAUCAUCAUGAUCCCGAGAACCUCUCGCUUCUCAGGUUCAAUGCUUUAUGGGAGUCCAGCUACCGCCAUGAUUCCCUGCUUGUUUUCUCGACCGGCAGGUCACCCACACUUUACAAGCAGCUGAGGAAAGAGAAGCCGAUGUUAAGUCCUGAUAUAACCAUAAUGUCUGUUGGGACUGAGAUAACGUAUGGCGUUUCGAUGGUGCCAGAUGAGGGAUGGGUUGAAGUUUUAAAUCAGAGAUGGGACAGAAAUAUAGUCGUAGAAGAGACAAGCAAAUUUCCUGAACUUAAGCUUCAGUCAGAAACAGAGCAACGACCCCACAAGGUCAGCUUCUAUGUCGACAAAGACAAUGCCCAGGAAGUGACAAAGGCACUUUCAGAGAAACUAGCUAAUCGUGGGUUGGAUGUGAAAAUAAUUUACAGUGGAGGGAUGGAUCUGGAUAUCUUACCACAAGGUGCUGGGAAAGGACAGGCUCUGGCCUACUUGCUCCAGAAGUUUAAGGAAGAAGGGAAGCCUCCAAAGAAUACUCUAGUCUGUGGUGACUCGGGAAAUGAUGCUGAACUCUUCAGCAUUCCAGAAGUACAUGGAGUAAUGGUUAGCAAUGCUCAAGAGGAAUUGCUGCAAUGGCAUGCUGAGAAUGCCAAAAAUAUUCCUAAGAUAAUCCAUGCUUCAGAGAGGUGCGCAGGUGGAAUCAUACAGGCCAUUGGUCAUUUUGGUCUAGGUCCUAAUACAUCUCCAAGGGAUGUUGCAGAGACUGCAGACAGUCAUCUGGAAGAUGCUGGUCCUGCUCAUGAGGUCGUAAAAUUCAACUUGUUCUAUGAGAGAUGGAGACGUGCCGAGGUUGAACACUGCGAGACUUACAUUGCAAGUCUGAAAGCAUCUUGUCAUCCUGCGGGUUCUUUUGUACAUCCAUCGGGUGUUGAGCAACGUCUGCAUGAAAGCAUAAGUGCAAUGAAAAAAAUCUAUGGGGACCGACAGGGGAAACAGUAUCGAGUUUGGGUGGAUCGUGUCUUACCAUCUAAAAUCAGUUCAGACACAUGGCUAGUGAAGUUCGUCAAGUGGGAAUUACUCGGUGAAGAGCAGCAAAGUUGUAUCUGCACUGCAGUGUUGACAUUUGAGGUGGUUAAUGGCUUGCACCUCUACACGUGGGCGCAUUUGCACGAAACAUGGUCAGAGGGAUCAGGAGCCAAAGACAACGGGAUGUGGCUCCUCUAAAGAGAAUAACCCCGGAGGCGCAAAGCUCCCAAGAAAGCCACAUCUUAUUUCAUCUCGAUUUAAAAGCAUUGAUUACUCAUUUACUCUUAGGAUUCGACUUCGCAACGCUGGAGAACAGACAUUUGUAUGCAGGUUCAUUUCAGCGGUAAUAAGAUGAAGAUACCAAAUUACAUAUGAUAGAGAUUUUUCGGCUUUUGUGUUUCAUCUUUGUUGCCGAAUGUGGCUGGCAGGCCCGGCGAUUUAUUGAACUGGUUCUUUAAUGGGGAGUGAGAUGGAAACUUCCUGUGAGAAGGAAACUGUUGUCGUGAA